AUGUCCAGGGAGCUCAGGCGGGCCAGCCGGAUGAGUGGGGAGUGGGUGUACCCAAGCCAGGCCCUGAUCUGGGCUGUUUGGGUCCUUGCAGCUGCCUCUGAGGGGCCAGCUGGAGAUGCACCAGUGAGGAACACCAGGCUGGGGUGGGUUCGGGGGAAGCAAGCCACUGUACUGGGAAGUACCACACCUGUGAAUGUGUUCCUUGGGGUCCCCUAUGCUGCACCCCCUCUAGGACCUCUGCGAUUUACGAACCCAAAGCCUGUGUUGCCCUGGAGUGACUUCCGAGAUGCCACGUCCUACCCUAAAUUGUGCCUCCAGAACUCAGAUUGGCUGCUCUCAGAUCAACACAUUCUCAAGGUGCAUUACCCCAAAUUGGAAGUGUCAGAAGACUGCUUGUAUCUUAACAUCUAUGCUCCAGCUAGCGCGAACACCACCUCCAAGCUCCCGGUCAUGGUGUGGCUCCCGGGGGGCGCGUUCCAGACUGGCUCAGCCUCCGUCUUUGAUGGGUCCGCCCUGGCCGCCUACGAGGAUGUGCUGGUUGUGACCACCCAGUACCGUCUAGGAAUAUUUGGCUUCUUCAACACAGGGGACCAGCACGCUCUGGGGAACUGGGCCUUCAUGGACCAGCUGGCUGCCCUAACCUGGGUCCAGGAGAACAUCGGGUUCUUUGGUGGAGACCCACGCUCCGUGACCAUCUUCGGCGAGUCAGCGGGAGCCAUAAGUGUGUCUAGCCUUAUCCUGUCCCCUCUGGCCAGUGACUUAUUCCACAGAGCCAUCAUGGAGAGUGGGGUGGCCAUUAUCCCGUACCUGAAGGCCUCUAACGAGGAGAGGAAUGAGGAUUUGCAGGUGGUUGCACACAUCUGUGGCGGCAACGCAUCAGACUCCAAGGCCCUGCUGCAGUGCCUGAGGGCAAAAUCCUCCAACGAUUUGCUGAGCAUCAGCCAGGUAACCAAGUCUUUCACUCGCAUGGUUGAUGGUUUUUUCUUCCCUGAUGAGCCUCUAGAACUAUUGAUUCAAAAAUCAUUUAAUUUAAUUCCUUCUAUAAUCGGAGUCAAUAACCACGAGUGUGGCUUCCUGCUGCCCAUGAAGGAGUUUCCUGAGAUCCUCGGCGGCUCCAACAAGUCCCUUGUCCUGCAUCUGCUGCACACAAUCCUGCAUAUCCCCACCCCAUAUUUACACUUUGUGGCUGAUGAAUACUUCCACGAUGAGCAAUCCCUGUUUGACAUACGGAAUAGUUUUCUGGACUUGCUUGGAGAUGUGUUCUUUGUGGUCCCCGCGCUGGUCACUGCUCGACAUCACAGAGAUGCUGGAGCCCCUGUUUACUUCUACGAGUUUCAGCACCGGCCCUACUGUUUCAAGGACAGGAAGCCGGCUUUCGUCAAAGCAGACCACACUGAUGAAAUCCGCUUUGUUUUCGGAGGCGCCUUCCUGAAGGGCGAUGUCGUCAUGUUCGAAGGAGCCACAGAGGAGGAGAAAUUGCUGAGCAGGAAGAUGAUGAGAUACUGGGCCAACUUUGCUCGGACUGGGGACCCUAACGGGGAAGGCCUGCCUCUGUGGCCGGCCUACAGUCAAAGCGAGCAGUACCUGCAGCUGGACUUGAACCUGAGUGUGGGGCAGAGACUGAAAGAGCAGAAGGUGGCGUUUUGGACAGAGACCCUCCCCCUGAUAAUGUCCACUUCCGGAGGGUGCCCGAGUCCUCGUUUCUCGUUAAUCUACCUUUCUCUGCUCCUGCCAGUCUUUUUCUCGUUUGCUCACUGAGAAGUUAUCUUUGUGUGAAGUUGGUUUUCCUUCUCCUACUGCAUUUCUCCUGCCAUCACUGGCCUCGUUCUGUGUUUCACUACUUUAUGGAAUCAGCUGCUUCAGCUGAUCCUUAGCGAAUUCUUUUCAACAUCAAAACAAUGCAAUUUGCCUUGAAAACUACCAGAUUUCUUCAGUACAUCUUCCAGAGGG